AUGGAACAAAAAACAAAGACCCUCUUACUUAUUAAUAUUGUUGAGAUUGUCCUAUUAUCUUGGGUGCUUCAUUUUAACAGUGAUGUUGGAAUGUUUGACAUGCCAUUGAAUAAGUAUUGCAAUUGUGCGAAAGAAUUGAAGCAAGAAAUUAAUCGAUUACUAGGAGGAUAUAAGUAUAAUAUCGAUUCAAAGGAUAUAUUUACAAAAGAACAAAUGCCAAAUAUUGGUUUGCCAAAAAAAAGAUAUAUGUACAGUGAGGAAGGGUGCAAAGCAAAAUAAAUAAAUCAAAUGGAUGUUCAUCAAAGUAUAACAAGAAGUCGUAAAAAAGAUAUGAAUAAAAAAUCUUGUACAUUUGAAACCAAAAAAUAUUCCCAUUUGGAAAAAAAAAUAUUCAAGGAACUCGAUUAUGAGAAUUUUCUUAAAAAAAACAGAACAAUUACUGAUAAGAUGUACAAAAAAAUAAUGCUUAAAAAAUACAGAUUACGUUUUACUUUACCUUUAUUAUUUUUUCACUGUUUUUAAUCAUACUCUUAGUAGAUUUAUCAUGGGGUUUGAUUGAUGAGAAUAAGGGGUUAUGGGACUGCAUUAGGGGUUUUACCACUUAGAUAGCUUGGCUAAUGGUUCUCUGAAAAGUUUUUUAGGACCAUUGAAAAGUUCAAAGUUUUUGGAAACCUGCUUUUAAGGAACAUCAAAGGCUGUUAUGAAAAGAUCGUAUUAUGGCAUUUAUUUGGUAUUCUAAUAUAUUUCAUACCGUUCGUUAUAUUGGGUUUCACAUUAAUAUUAGGGGUUAUUUAUUAUCAUAAAAAAGUUAAAAAAUAUGAAAAAAAUUAA